AUGAACGUCGAUGAUCUAUAUAUUGUUCUUCACCACCACUGGACGAAAGAUAGAACACCUUACCCCGAUAGCCGGCAAAUUAUCCAGCUGGCCUUCCUUCUACUCGUGUCUGCUUAUACCGGAAGUCGACUAGGAGCGCUGGUUUACGUCGACAAGAACGAGCGAACCAAUGUACAGCACUUCUUUAGCAAUGCUAUCGAUGGUGAGGAAGGUCAUGAUGAAGAAGAUUGGGAUCUCAGGGCGGACGAUCUCAAAACUCUAUGCUAUGGCCAGAUCAGCUUGAUUCUGCUACCCAAUCCUGGUGGUACCCGUGAUCAUCUUCUGAUAGAAGUCGAUUUGAAACACAUCAAAGGCCACAAUAAAAAACCUAAAAGGUAA